UGAAGAACCGCGAGAGAUGAGCUCUUGCGAGGGGAAGGGUGCGUCCUGGGAGCGACGGCCGGCCGAACAGGCGCCUGAAAAGGCAGACCGCCCAGGCGUAAGACCCUUGAGGUCCUCCCCUGGCGCCACCGAGGCCGAGUCGCCGCCGCUGCUGCGUGUGUCGUCUUCGCCUCCGGCUUGGUCCGUGUCAGCCCUGAGAGCUGAGCAGAAAGGAGGGUUCGGGCCCUUCCCAGCGACUGAGAUGUCGACAAAGAAUUUCCGUGUCAGCGAUGGGGACUGGAUCUGUCCGGACAAGAAGUGUGGAAAUGUUAACUUUGCUAGAAGAACCAGCUGUAACCGUUGUGGUCGAGAGAAAACCACAGAGGCCAAGAUGAUGAAAGCUGGAGGCACUGAGAUAGGGAAGACACUUGCUGAAAAGAGUCGUGGUCUCUUCAGUGCUAAUGAUUGGCAGUGUAAAACAUGUGGCAACGUUAAUUGGGCCAGAAGAUCAGAAUGUAAUAUGUGCAACACUCCAAAAUAUGCCAAACUUGAGGAAAGGACAGGAUAUGGUGGGGGCUUUAAUGAAAGAGAAAACGUUGAAUAUAUUGAACGUGAAGAGUCUGAUGGGGAAUAUGAUGAGUUUGGUCGCAAAAAGAAAAAGUAUAGAGGAAAGCCUGUUGGUCCUGCAUCAAUCCUAAAGGAAGUGGAAGAUAAGGAAUCUGAAGGGGAAGAAGAGGAGGAUGAGGAUGGAGAUCUGUCUAAAUAUAAACUGGAUGAGGAUGAGGAUGAAGAGGAUGCUGAUCUUUCAAAAUAUAAUCUUGAUGCUAGUGAAGAAGAAGAUUCUGCCAAGAAGAAGAAAUCUAGUAGUCAGCGCAGCCGUUCCAAGUCUCCAUCGACUCAUUCACGAUCUUCAUCUCGCUCAUCCUCCCACUCAAGCUCAAGGUCUAGGUCCAGGUCAAGAAGCUCUUCCAGUUCAAGGUCAAGAUCUCGUUCCACUUCAAGAGAACGUUCUAGAUCUCGUGGUUCGAAAUCAAGAUCCAGCUCCAGGUCCGUCAGGGGUUCUUCAACCCCAAGAAAAAGAUCUUAUUCGAGCUCUCGUUCAUCAUCUUCCCCUGAGCGAAGCAGAAAGAGGAGCCGAUCUAGAUCUUCAUCUGGUGAUCGCAAAAAAAGACGAACGAGAUCACGGUCACCUGAAAGAAAUCGCAGGUCAUCAUCUGGAUCUUCUCAUUCUGGAUCCCGUACAAGUUCUAAAAAGAAAUAAUAUAUUAAAAUUCAGCAAAAGUAUAGUCCAGUGCAUGAGACAUUUUAAAGAAGUUGGUGUCUUUCUUGGUCAGAAGUGCUAAAUCCUGCUAGUAGAGGUGCAUGUUUAAUGGACAACUGCAGCUAUUUUAAUUCAUGAAACAAAAUGUAAUGAAAUAUUUUAAGCCAUAAAUUGAUCCCAGAAAGGUGAGUGGUAUGACUUAAAAAAAUAAAAAAUACUUGGGGUGGAUGGGGGGAGCACACUCCCUCUUUUUUAAUUUGACGGAAUAUUUUUCCUUUUACGUGCUGAGACUCUAGUAUAUUAAAUCCUGCUUACAGAGAUCUUAGUAUAGGUUGAUGCCAUGCCAGCCAGCCAUUUAGUCUUCACAUCUGCAAGACAUUCUAAGGGAUGUUGAUGUAAUUGAUUUUCAUACACACUCUGUUCCUAAGAUGGUCUGAUUUCCUUUUUCCCCCCUUCUUCAUUGCAAGGAAAAUGGGUCACUGCUGUAGCUGUUAAGUCUUAGUUGCAAAGAAGUUACGUUAUAGCCAUCUUCUAACAACCUUAACUGUUGAAAGCUCCUAUAGUAUGAAGAUAAUUAUUUUUGCCAUAGCUAAUAUCUUAGCCUUAUGCCUUAUGUUGCUGUUUGAAUAUUCAGCAACUAAAUUAAAAAAAAUUGUACAGUUUUGAGCCGAGUACUGCAUCUGUGAGUUGUUCCUUCAUAGGAAGAAUUUGAGGUAACUUCCAGGAGAUUUAACUUCGGUUUCAUGAGUUCCCGGCUCUAGCUAAUAGCCGUGUAGCCACUGCAAACUCUACAUAUAAAAGCUGGGUUCCAAAGGAAUGUGUGUGGUGGUCUGUGCAUGCCAUGGCUUUUCAAGCAACUCCUCUACCCUUGCCUCACUCCCCCUCCCCAACAGAAAAUAUGUUCCUGAAGCACAUUCCUGAGUCAUUCCAGUGUGGUAGAAGUGGUGUGUGCCAGGAGGGAAAAUUGAUAUAUUCCUCAUCAGGUGUGUGCACAAGAAGGUUGGAUCCUGCCAAAAAUUAAGCAACUGGUAGUUAUGAAACUAAAAGAAAAUACUAAGAAUUGGACAAGAAUUACUUUCAAGCUUUCUGAAAUCUUUUACAAAGUGGGAUGUAAUACUAAAAUUGGUUCAUGUACUUGAAAAAACAAAAUUGAAUUCAAACUGCCAAAAGGUUUAUAAUUCUUACAGCGAAUGCCAUGACUCUUAAGAAUAAUUCAGCAAAUCAUGGCAAAUUAUCUUUUGGAAUAAUUUAAAUUUAUGGCUUAAAAUGCUUCAUUAAAUUUGUUUUACUAGCAAUAUAUGUUUAAAAUGCUGACCAUUUUUAAGCUCCAUUUAAUUGGGAGAAAUUGUGUCAUCUUCAGUGACAUCCUAAGGUAAGUAUGCUAAGGGAGAAUAGUGCUUCUGGAAAAGAAGCGAUAUGUCUUCAGUUACUUGCAUAUUAUCGAUUUCAUGUUGGAUAUUUGAUUUGUAAAGCAAACUGCACAAAGAAAAACAGAGCAAAAUUUGUCUUAUAUUUUCCUCUUCAAGAACAUCACUUUAUUUUGGACUGAUCAGGACAAGGCAGAAUGUUUUUGCUGUACAAAUACUUUUGAUAUUUUUUGCAGAAAGAAGUGUCCUGCAAUCUUUCCUCUUUUGGCUUUCUCUUAAGUAUCUGGUUUUAUUUUUAUUUGCUGAAUAUAGCAUAGGUUGCACAAGAACAAAUAGUCUCUUGUAAACUGUGCCUCUGACUUCUUGAAAGUCUGUCUCUUAAAUUGUGAAAAUCAGACUUGCUAGAUGCUCCGUGUUAAAGUUAGCUAUCCUUGUGUUAUGUAUUCCUAAGUAUUGUACCUAACAAGUUUUUAAACUCAGCAAAUGAUAGGCUAGAGAUGACUAAGGGAAAAUUAUGGUUUCAUUUGCCUUGAAUGAAAAUAUGCUGGUUUGUUCUAUGAAAAUAUAUAACUCUGUAGAUGUAUGUAAAUAAAGCAUGUGAAUCAAA